AUGGGGAUGGCGGGGAGAGGGGGGGGAAGCUUGGAGGUUCAGGGGGAGGCAGGAGGGGAUCUGCAGCACCAGGUCCCCCACCCUUCUCCUACCCCCCCCCCUGCUGCGGGAGCAGCAGAAGGGGGGAGGGGAUCUGCAGCACCGACCCACCCUCCCCCCCCACCAUCCUUCUCCUAUCUCCCCCUGCUGCGGGUGCAGCAGUGGGGGGAGGGGAUCUGCCAUCCCCCUGGUGCGGAUGCGGCAGUGGGGGGAGGGGACCUGCAGCACCUGCCCCCCCCCCCCCCCCCCCCCCCCCCCCGGCCCACCCCCCCCUCCCCCCCCCUCCAUGGGGAUGGCGGGGAGAGGGAGGGGAAGCUUGGAGGUUCAGGGGGAGGCAGGAGGGGAUCUGCAGCACCAGGUCCCCCACCCUUCUCCUACCCCCCCCCUGCUGCGGGAGCAGCAGAGGGGGGGAGGGGAUCUGCAGCACCGACCCCCCCCCCCCCCCCCCCCCCCAUCCUUCUCCUAUCUCCCCCUGCUGCGGGUGCAGCAGUGGGGGGGAGGGUAUCUGCCAUCCCCCUGGUGCGGAUGCGGCAGUGGGGGGAGGGGACCUGCAGCACCUGCCUGCCCCCCCCCCCCUUUUUCUCCUCCAUCUCUCUGCUGCGGGUGCAGCAGUGGCGGAGGGUAUGGGGGUGGCGGUGGAGCUAG